AUGAAUGCAGCUACUUCUCCGAUGGCCGAGUUUGCGUAUGGAGCAGGCCAUGUGGAUCCGAUAACCGCAAUUCGUCCUAGACUCGUCUACGAGGCUAAUAAAUCCGACCACAUCACCUUUCUCUGCGGCUUGAACUACAGUGGAAAGAAGUUAAGACUCAUCUUCGGCGAAAGCAGCAAUUGCACUAAAGAACAGGCUAAAUCUUUACCUAGAAACCUAAACUACCCUUCCAUGACUGCUCAAGUCUCGGCGACAAAACCGUUCAAUGAUAUGUUUGAAUUGUUGUUUUAUGAUGUUUCUGGUUCCUCUACCUACUUUAGUUCUAUCUAA